GUCGGCGGCAGCCGAGCGGAUGGGGGAUGGCGGGGGUGAUGGUCUGCGAGCCCCGACACCUCUACAACAUCAUCAACCAGUACCGGUGGAGAUCCCGGCUGACGGAGCCCAACUACCUGUGCCUGCUGGAUGCCCGUUCUCAGCGUGAAUUCGAUGCGAGCCACAUUAUUACAGCCCAAAGGAUUGAGCGGAAUCCUGCGGGGGAGUAUCUGAUCCCGAAUCCUGAGGAGCUGGACUAUGUCAGAUACUGCGUGGUGUAUGACCACGACACCGGCUUUUUGGGCUGCAGUGACAAUCAGGAGGAGAAGAAGGAAACAGGGAGCAGUGCUGCUUCAGAGCCUGAAACCAUCGGCUCAGGUUCCAUGUGUUCCCAGAAUACUGGGGAAGGAGAUGCCUUACACCAUGCCAGAAACUUGCAGCACUUCACUCGCCACCCCGUGCUCCUCCUGAAGGGAGGGUACAAGCGUUUUUCAGCUUGUUACCAUUUCCUGAAGAGCCAGAAGACACUGUGGAUGCCUCAGGAGCUAGACACCUUCCAGCCAUACCCUGUAGAAAUACUGCCUGAAAAGUUAUAUAUGGGCAAUUUCAAGCAGGCCAGUGACAAACAAAUUCAGAGAGAUCUGAAGAUCAAAGCACUGGUCAACGUCUGUGAACAGCCUGUAACACUGUUUGCAGAAGAAGGUGAAUCCCUCCAUGUAUCUGUUCCAGAUUCACUCGAAGCAGAUCUUUUUUCUUCCUUCCCCACCAUUUCUCAUUUCAUAGAGAGCUUGGAAAUACCUUCUGAAAUGCCAAAUGAACAUAAGACCACACCCGGGCUUUGUGGAACAGCUCUCAGCCUGGGAGACCCAAAUCUAUGGGGCCCCAGCCACAGACAUCUCUGGACCAAAUUACUGACAGAGAACAUCCCACAAGGAAAGCCACUUCCCUUCCCCUUUCUGGGGAGAAAGUUACUUGAAUGCUGUGUGAAAAAAAGACCCAAAUGUAACAGAAAAGCUUUCCUCUUUAGCUCCAUGUCAUUUUGGGUCAAGAUUUGGAGCCUUCUCGGGCACUCACCUGGGCUGUAGGAGGUGGCAGUUUGGGGGAUUCAAGUGCUGCAGGAUGUGGCCCAUUAGACACAGCUCGACUCUUUUGUAAGCAAAGGGGAUUAUGACCACAUCUGUGGGGCAGUCAGUAGGGUUAUCUCUGUAAAGGUUUGUUAUCCAUGGUCUGGAAUGUAAAUUUGGAGUAAAUUUGGAGCCUGUGCCCAAUUCCAGCCCGGAGAGGUGACUGCAGAAUGUCCCUGUUUCAGAAGUCCCUGUGCCCUGGGAGUGCCUUCUCAGCUGCCCACAGAUAGGAUGGCCUCUCACUGACUCGCUGGCUGGAUUGUUGACACCACCACCCUUCCCAUUUGUUGCCUUCUAAUCCUAUAACCAAACCUCUGGGCACAGCUGGUAAUUUUAAAGCCUCAGUGCUGCCACAUGAAACCUAAACUCAGUGCCGUCCUCUCUCUUACAGCAUUCCGAAUUCUCUUCUCUGACAUGACAAAAUAAAACAUGUCAGAAGAAACACUCCCGGGCUUCGCCGCACUCUGUGUUUGGGAUUUAGUGAUGGGUUUGGGUUCGUCAUUCUGACACACGCGGCCAGGGCCGGGAAUGCACCCCGGGAGCCGCCCGAGCGUCAGCUCGGCGAGCAGCGAGCCCGGCACACCUCACACAGCCCGGUGCUCCCGCCGAAGGGCUGCGAUUUACGGCAAUUGGGCGUUUUCGGGCUCCGCUUGAGGGGGAAGCAGGGAAUA